ACGAGGUGCGGUGCCUGGAUGCGCGGGGUUUGCGGGGAGCCGCUCAGCGCCCCCUCAUCCAUCCCCCCGACAGCCGUCGCCUCUGUGUCUUUACACAUGCAAAUAGGAGCCAGCGGCCCGUCGGGAGGCAGGAGAGAGAGAUCGGGGGCCGAUCAGUCCGACGGGGCGUUUGUCCGGCGCCGACACCCUGCGGAGCUCUGCCGUAUAUAACCGGUUUACUGGCCGGAGGAUGACGUGAGCGUGCCGGGGUGCAGCGCUUCUGCAGGUCCACGCCCCCACCGCCCCGCGACAGACAUGAGCUAGGUGGCCUCGCCCCCCAGGUGUGACACCUCUGGACACGCCCCCCGCCCCUCCCCACUCUGAUACAUGAGCCAGCAGGAUGCUGCAGUGCAGGUGCUCUCAGAACGGCUCCUCGUAGCGUCCCACAAAGGCCAGGCCGACAAUGUCGUGCAGCUAAUUAACAAGGGCGCCAAAGUAGCCGUCACCAAGUACGGCCGCACGCCGCUGCACCUGGCCGCCUACAAAGGUCACCUGGAGGUCGUGCGGAUCCUGCUGAAGGCUGGCUGUGAUCUGGACGUCCAGGAUGAUGGUGACCAGACGGCCCUGCACCGUGCGGCUGUGGUGGGAAACAGUGACAUCAUCGCGACUCUCGUUCAGGAAGGGUGUGCUCUGGACAGACAGGACAAGGACGGAAACACGGCUUUGCACGAGGUCUCCUGGCACGGAUUCAGCCAGACGGCCAAGCAGCUGGUCAAGGCGGGGGCCAACGUUCAUGCCAAGAACAAGGCUGGAAACAGCGCCCUGCACCUGGCCUGCCAGAACGGACACGCACAGACCUCCCGCGUGCUGCUGCUCGGCGGAUCCCGGCCAGACAGCAAGAACAAUGUUGGGGACGCCUGUCUGCACGUGGCCGCACGCUACAAUCAUGUGACCGUGAUUCGGAUCCUCCUGGGGACCUUCUGCUCUGUCACUCAGCAGAAUCAGGUGGGAGACACGCCCCUCCACGUGGCCGCCGCACUGAACCACAAGAAGACGGCGCGGCUGCUGCUGGAGGCUGGAGCAGACAGCACUGCUGUCAACGCCGCCGGCCAGAUGCCGCUGGACUUGGCCAGGGAGCACAACAACCCGAGCGUGGCCCUGCUCCUCACAAAGGCUCCGCAGGUGCAGAGCUUCACGAGGGGCAGAAGUGUGAGGAAGCGGCGCGACAAGCUAAAGGCCGAGCGACGCGCGCAGUCUGUGCCCAGGGACAACGUGCUGCCCGCCAAGGAGGGGGCUUCGGCGGCCGGAGACACCCACAGCAGCGACCUGCCGGCCACGAGGGGGGGGGACCGUGGGAAUGAGCCGCCCGAGGGAACGGCUGACGCUGGGGGAGGCAGGAGCAGGAAGAAGGAGAAAGAGAAGCCAUCGCUGUCAGAGCCCCUCUCGCGGAGGGAGAACAAGCGGGCCGAGGCGGCCAAUCGGAAGAAGGGCAGAGCAGGAGGCCCCGCCUCCCCGCCCCCACCCCCUCACGGCCUGAAGGCCUAUCAGCUCUACACCCUGUACCGAGCCGAGGACGGCAGGGUCAUGCAGGCUCCACUAAACGGCUGCCGCUGUGAGCCUCUUAUCAACAAACUAGAGAACCAGCUGGAGGCCACAAAGGAGGAGAUGAAGUCGGAGAUUCACACUGUCCAAGAGCAUCUGAACAGCAAGCUGGGCCAGCUGGACCGCAGGAACCAGCACCAGAUCAGGGCCUUGGAUAAGAUCACUUUGGAGAGAGUUUCAGCAGAGCGGACAGAGUGUCUUCAACGCCUUGAGCAGAAAACCACUCUGCUGCAUCAGGAGAUAGAGAAGAAACAGACCUCAGUGGUCAACGAGCUGAAGAACUGGUGCUGGUCCAAGAUCCAUAACAUAGAGCUCCGGCUCUCUGGAGAUUCUCCGAGCACCAGGCGUGACUCUCCAUCCUUCCCAGAGGACAUCCCGGAAGCCGGCUCAGAAGGCCCCGCCCUCCCGGCCCGCAGCACGAACUCGCUGACCCUCGACGCCGCUGCAUCAUCAGGGGCGACCGAGGAAGCUGCCAGCCGGGUGACCGAGGCUGAGGCAGCAGCCGGUCAUCAUUACUUUGUGGUUCAGAUGGACAGCUCUCCAGAUGACAGACAGCAUUUUCCAGCCCAAAACAAGUCAGUGCCUUCAUCACCUCAAGUCGUCCGACCAAAAGAGCGGGUACGCCUCCCUGCUGCCCCCCACAGGCCGCAUCCAGAAGCGCAGGCCGCAGACGAGCCCGACACCGGACUCCAGCUAGCUCAGGCUAGCAGAGCAAGCAGCCAGUCUCCCGCCAUUGAACGCCGUGGGAGGCACCGCCGGGAGCGUGAGAGGAGCAGACCUCACAGGAAGCAGGCCCAGGGGAGGACGGCAGCGCAGCCGGGGGACGCCCCGACCCUGGAGGUCAUUGCGGGGCCCCCGGAGGUCAUCGCGGGGCCCCCGGAGCCCUCGUUCGCACAGGAGCGAGAGAGCAUGCACGCGCUGGAGGUGACACAGUACUUCUUUGAGGCCGUCUCCACUCAGAUGGAGCGCUGGUAUGAGAGGAAGAUCCAGGAGGCCCGUCGGCAGGCGGACCAGAGGGCUCAGCGGGACCGGGCCGCGCUCUUGGAGCGCAUCAGCUGCCUGGAGGAGGAGCUACGCCUGCUGAGGACUAACGUGCCGGAUAGCUAGCGCCACCUGCUGGAUUUCCACAGAACUCCCAGUGCUUUUACUGGAAUGAAUCCAAUUUUUUAUAGACAAAGACUUAAAAGAUGAUAAACGUACUGUACAAGGAUAGUCUCAAGGAUAGUCCUAAUUCAUACACUUGGCUAGUAUGAAACCACCAGUAGCCACUCCAGUCAAAACACUGAUUUCUAAUUUGCUGCUUGCAUUUUAAGUUGUUAAUAACGUGUGUUUUGUCAUUUUGCUCUAAUCAAGCAAAAAUUCCCAGCGGCUGAAUUACAGCUGUAAACAGGGUGUUGAGAAGGCACAUACAGUCACACACCCAAUCAAAAACACGCCUUAUGGAUAUAACUAAAGAUUAUGCCAAAAUCAAAACAGUAUUUUUUUUCUUGUAGUGUUACUUUUACAGCUGACAAAUCACAGUUUUGGUGAAAUCGCACAUGUGGCUUCAACCUCAGAAGCUAAAAUUUGGCUACAGGAGAUGAAGGACUACUGGAAAUAUUCAGGCUGCACGUUUGCAGCCCAGACUGUGACUGUAAGUGGAAGCCAGCUGCAGAUCAUCAUCAUCUGUUUUUCUUUACUGUAUUCAGGUAUUUUUACUAAUCAUACUUACAGCAUUAACUGUUUAUAAGCUUAAUUGUUAAAAGAACAGUGAAAGAGUUUGUUUAGAAAGGAAAGAAACUGUGACCUUUCACUGUGAGCUUACCCAGGCUGCGCGGACAUGUGUUACUGUGCAAAGAAGAUUUUGAUCCUGAUGCAUUUAAACUGCACAAACUGUAUGUGCUCCAUUUUAAAAAAAUGUUUCACAAAAAAAUAAA